AUAAACCGGUGUUGGAAGAAUUAUCUUUUUUCUACGCCAAUGCUAUGCUCAUCGGCUCCGGGCCAUAAAGCAGCCAGAAAUCCUGAGCGUUCUUACCGCCAUUACAUCGUUAAAUGUCAUUUGUGCUGCGUCCUUUCAAAAAAUUUUAAAAAUAAAAAAAUAACCUCAUUUUAACUUUAACCUCUUUAAAUAAAUAAACUGAAAAAUCGAAAUGUCGACUAAAAGGAAAAGUGCUCCAGUUAAGAAUCGUGGAAAAUCACGUAAGACUGAAUAUGAAGAGGAAAAUAUUUCGAGUGAACACGACUCUGAACUCGAGGACGGUGCUGAUUCUGCAGAGGACGGUGUCGACGCCGAAGAAGAGGUCGAAACUAAGGAUGUCUUCAGUAUUCCCGAAUUAACGCCACCGGAGGGUGGAUGGGGCAAACCUGGAACACUGCUUAUGUGUGGUCUUACUAACUGGGACUUGGCUGGACGCAAAACAGUGCCUAAGGGAGCCAAAGCUAAUAUAGGAAGAAGCUUGUGGUACCCGCAUACUUUUAAAAACUUACAAGGGGCUCGUGUCAGAUUAGUUGCUUCAGGAUCUGCUGCUGCUCACAGUGUCAUUGUCACUGAAGACAAUAGAUGUCUAGUAUUUGGCAGAAACGAUAAAGGACAACUUGGAGUCGGAGACAUGAAACGCCGUGAUGAGCCGACCGAAGUGGAGGCCUUGAAAGGUCACACAGUAAUAGCAGCUGCCUGUGGACGUGGUCACACCCUCUUUUUGACCAGUCGUGGAAUUGUCUUUGGAGCUGGGGACAAUAAACUAGGCCAAUGCGGCAUUGGCAAGACAAUGCCGAACGUCGUGACAGCCACGAUGGUCAAAUACUCCGGUGCUCCCAUCAUCAAAGUCGGAUGUGGAGCCGAAUUCUCAAUGAUUCUAGAUAUUAAGGGUGGUCUGCACUCAUUCGGGAGCCCGGAAUAUGGACAGCUGGGUCACAACACGGACGGAAAGUACUUCAUAACGAGCACGAAAAUGGGCUUCCACUAUGAGAAGGCGCCGAAACGCAUUGUCUUGUAUGUUGAGAAAGGAAAGGACGGUCACGUGACUCCCCUCGAUCGGGUAGAGAUAUCCGAUUUUAGUUGCGGUCACAAUCACACUGUGGCUAUUGACAGUAAGACCCGGGCCUUCUCCUGGGGAUUCGGAGGAAUUGGAAGGUUAGGUCAUAGUGAACAGAAGGAUGAACUAGUGCCGCGACUUAUCAAAUUCCUAGAACCGCCAAAUCGCGGCGUACGCUCGGUUCACUGUGGAAGUUCGUACAGUAUCGUGAUCAAUGUCCACGGGACUGCAUUGCUCUUCGGGCAGACGAAAAGGACCGGCGAGGCCAACAUGUACCCGAAACCGAUCCAGGAUCUGUCUGGAUGGGAUAUUAGAUGUGUGGGCUGCUCACAAACGAGUGUUGUCCUUGCUGCUGAUGAAUCGACCAUCGCCUUUGGUUCCAGUCCCACGUACGGAGAACUGGGUUUCGGUGACAUGCGAAAGUCGUCUACAACACCGAUGGAAGUUAAAGCCCUGGAGGGACUGUACAUAACUGCUGUUACGUGUGGUUUGUCGCAUACGCUUCUCAUUGCCCGGGAUGAAUCCGAAGCUGAAAAGGCUAAGAUCGAGAAAUUUGAGGAAUAUUCAAUCUAAAGUGAGAGGGACACAGAGAGACACUCUCUAAGGAAUGUGGAUGAGACAAUGCGUACCCACGACUUUUUCGUAAACAGGAAUAUUGUAAUUAAGUAUCUAGGUUAUCUCAAAGUUUUAAAGGAAUUGAUAGCCGAGUAGCUUGAAAAAAAGUGUUGAAAACAUCGAAGAAGAGGAAUCGAACUUGUACUGAAAGAAAGAAGAAAAAGAAAAAUUGUAACGCAUUCGCGAAAAUGCUGCUGCAUCGGAAACCGGAUUUAUUUCUGACGUACAGAUAUGUUUUAAUAUCUCACAAAAGCGUGUUCAUCUCUUGGAUUAAUUAACAAUCUCAGUAAUCCGUUCUUCCGCGUUUUAGUCAAGGUGCAAAUCGUCCGAAUUAAGCUAAUUUUCUCUCGUUUCUCUCAGGAUAGAAACCAAACUUAGAUACAGAAGUAUAUUUUGAUACGUUGGCUAUUAUACCCGUCUUUCUAACUCUGAUCGACUGAUAGAAUUGUCACGCCAAAUUCAUACGAGUCUUAUCCAAAAUGACGCACUUGCGCUUUCCAAUGACUGGUAUGUAUUUUAAAAUUUAGAUAAUUUAUACUUCAUGUGUUAGUUGGUCGUUUUCGUAAUGCUGGUACCUGAAUGAUCAUUUUUAAUUUCUCAAAAAUCGCGCUUUGCAUCACGAGAGAAGGCUAACAUAUUCCUGUUAAUAAUAGGUCUACAAAUUAAUUCGGUCCCUUUACUAUUGUGUCUUUUCAUUCUUGAUCAAAGUUGAAUCAUUUUUUUUUCAUUCUGGUGCCUCUUUUCUAGCUCUCCAAACCCUCAGAAAUAAUGAUAAAAACGAGUCAAUAAUUCAAGCAGGUAAUUAAUCUGUAGACCUAAUAGAACUUGACAAAGAACCAAAUCAUUAAUAGAUAACUUAAAUUCGCAUAAUUUCUUUCUCUCGAUGCAGACGUGAUCAGUCGUAGUCUCACGAGGUUUAUAUUAAUACAGUAAAUACUGAUACGACGCAGAAUAACAACUGAAUUUGACCAUUUGUAAAAGCGUGCCUACUGGCAUAAAUCUGCAAGCCUUAUCAUCGAUAUCUUCAAUUAAUAGCAGACUGUUCAAGCAAUCCUUUAAGAGAAAAAAAAAUCAGUAAUAUUGCCAAUUAUCUGAAGAAAAAAGUAAUAUCGGAAAACUGAACAGCGAAUUGAACAGCGUAUUAAAACCCUGCACAGAAUUGCGUAAAUUGCGUAUACUCACAAUUAGAAAUUUUACUUGCUCUUCCAAAUAACUGCCCGUUCUGUACUUAUGUAAAAUAUACUAUUGAACUGUACAUUUGUCUUUGAUUAGGUCUUUUUUUAUUUUUCUACUAUUUUGACGACUAGAUUCAACACUUCCCUUGUGGCGCUUUUUUUACAUUUGAGUAAUGAAACUUUAAAUUUUAGGUAUAAAAACAAAUGUGUGGCGGUUCAAUAGUAAAAUUAUGGUUAAGGUUUUUAUGUAUAUUAACUUGGAACGUUAAAGUUAAAUCUAGAUUAAAAGAACACUGCCAUGAUGUUUAGCGAUCAUCUUUAAUUUUAAGACUCAUGAGUUUUCCAUUCCAUUUUCUUUUCUAAUGAUCCUUAUUUUACGGCGGCAAGUCUGCACUGAAAUAUUUAUUCAACAGCAAACGAGAAAUGUACGAAAGUGUAGUUACAAAAUAAACGAAGCAAAUUUUUUAGAAA